AUGCCGAACAUCGACUAUAUCGUCACUGCCGAAUUCCACAUCGACAAGGGCCCUUCGCUCAUCUACCAACAUCCGAGUGAGCUUCCAGGCUUGUCGAACUUGUACUUCUUGCCGGAGCUCAUGUUGCCGGAUCAGAUCCACAAGCGUGAAGAUGACUACACUCUCUUCAUGCUCUACAGAAACACCUAUACUGGAGAGUUCCAGUACUUGUUCAAUCGAAAGAACUGUGAGCCGGAGCCGUACUUCCUCUACACAAUCGUCAGCAACGUCAAAGACACGUCGUUCAAGCGGGGCUCCAUCAUCAAGUCUUUGUCUAUCAUCACCCGUUUGCAUUACUUUAAGAACUUGCGUCCCUUGAUGUUGAUAUGCUUGGACAAAUACUUUCAGAACAACGACGUGUCUAUCGUGCGCGAGUUGUACGAGUCCAUCAACGUCAACAACUUUAACAUCUCCAACAGCGACAAGUCCAUGUCAAUCAUCAAGAAAUUGCUCUUGACAUCUAUCUUGGAUCUACCCAUUCAGGACAAGAUAUACUACGAUGACUCCUUCAGAAACAAGAUUUUGAACAUCUCCAAAGACAACCUCAUCAACGAAGAACUAUUUGUCAGAAAGGAUCUCAGUUUCAACUCGGUGAUCCGUUUCAAUGGAAUGAGUAUCCCCAUAAAGAUACCCAUGCUCGAGUUGCCAGACAACGUUGGUGAUUACCUAAACCCUACCGACUUGAACUUCAAACCAAACUUGAUCAGUCUUCUUAGUGCGAAAUUGGCCACGACGUACGUCAAUAGCGAAUUGACUAUCUACGGGCUCCAGACUCCUCCUAUUAUCAUCUUGAUCAAUGCUAUAUUGACAGGAAAGAAGAUCAUCUUCUUGAGUUACGACAAUUCGUCAGGCCACAUUAUUGACUUUGUUCUCUUGACCUUGAAGAUUGUCACAGGAGGAGGCAUUUUGAGUGGCUUGUUGACCAACUAUAACGUGUUUCCUAUAAUGGAUGUUUCGAAGAUAGACUUACUUGAAGAAUGUGAUUCGUACAUUGCUGGAACAAUCAAUCCUUUCUUCAAGAACAACGACAAGUUGUGGGAUGUGUUGUAUGACUUGGAUACCAACGAAUUCCAUAUCUCCGAGGGCCAGCACUCGAGCUUGUUCGAAUUGGACUUCAAGAACUCGAUCAUCUCUGAAGACGCCAAGUUCUUGUCCAACUUGCAAUUGUCGUUGUUUAGCUACAACGAUGAUUUGACCACCAUACAACUUAUUUUUAGAAGACACAUAAAUGAAAUCGUCAGAAUACUACUCAGUCUGAAGAACUUCAAUAAUGCAUUAUCUCCUCGAAGCAAGGAUUUGACACUUCUUUUGGACGGGAUUGGGUAUUACUGGAGCAGCGACACCAACAAGUUGUUAGAGGUGUCGUGCUACCAAUUGAUCUCCAAGAAAUUCCAGGACUUAUUAUACAAUGAAAAGAUAGUGUACAACUUGUUGUUGCCGAACCUAUCCAACGAGUUGAACUUGAUGAUCGACUUGCAUUACCACUUGCAGAGCUUGAACAACAUAUCAUCCAACUCCAAGGUUAACGAAAGAGAGGUGUGGUACAACAUUCUCAAGUUCCUAAUCAGUGGGAAGUCUCUUGAGAUCUUCUUGCUUGUCACAUACUUGAUCCCCCCAAACUCAGCUACUUCUUUACAAUCGUCGUCGGUGCACGGAGGAAGUUUAACUAUCUUCGACAAGAACAAGGGCAUUGAGUUGUUGCUCAUCAAUAUGUUCAACCAGGACGACCAGGUCAAGAACAAUGUAAUCAUGAUCUUGCAGGAAUUGCAGGAUAACUUUCUCUGUGGCUGGUGUCUCAGCAACUUCCUCAAGUCUAAUUUGAUCUACGAGAUUGCAUUCAAUGACUUGAUAGGUGACUCGAAGCAGUAG